AUGGCGGCCGACAUUGGUCAGAUUGCCCAGCUGCUUAACGCAACCCUCGACCCCUCCCAGCACCGGAAAGCCGAGGCCGCACUCAAGCAAGAGGCUUCGAAACCACAAUACUCGCUUAACCUGCUCAAUAUUGUCAAUUCUGACAGCCUCCCCCCCAACACCCGGUUGUCGGCGGCCCUCGCCUUCAAGAAUUUCAUACGAUCCAACUAUGUGGAUGAAGAGGGGAACUAUAAGCUUCCUGGGGACGAGGUGCAGUUGAUCAAGGAGCGCCUCAUUGGCCUCAUGAUCUCCUGCCCCGCCAGCGUUCAGAGCCAGCUUGGUGAGGCUAUUAGCAUCAUUGCCGACUCGGACUUUUGGCGGCGCUGGGACACACUCACGCAGGAACUUGUCAGUCGAUUUUCAAAGUCUGACGCCAAGAUCAACAUCGGCGUUCUUGAGGUCGCUCACUCUAUCUUCGCGCGCUGGCGACCCCUAAUGCGAACGGAUGAGCUCUAUACCGAAAUAAAUCAUGUCAUCAACACCUUCGCCCAACCCUUUAUGCAUCUUCUUGUCACGACAAACGAUGUUAUUGACCAGAAUGCGGGCAACAAAGAAGCUCUCAAGGCAUGGUUCGAAACCUUGGACCUUCAAAUCAAGAUUCUAUACGAUCUGUCCUCUCACGACCUACCGCCGGUCUUUGAAGAGAACUUGAGCAGCCUCAGUGGACUCUUGAUGAAAUACCUCGAUUAUUCCAACCCUCUUCUCGAAACCGAUGACGACACCGAAACUAGUAUUGUCGAUGUUGUCAAGGCAGAUAUCUGUGAGCUUCUUGAACUGUUCACAACCAAGUACGACGAGGAUUGGUCCCCGUACUGCGAGCCCUUCAUCACCAGCACGUGGAAUCUGCUGUCAUCCAUCGGUACUGAGACCAAGUACGAUUCCAUCGUCAGCAAAGCACUCCAUUUCCUCACCGCCGUGGCCUCGACCCAGAGACAUUCCGGUGUGUUCAACAACGAAGCUGUUCUAACGCAGAUUGUUGAAAAAGUCAUACUGCCCAACGUCGCCUUGAGAGAAUCCGACAUGGAAAUGUUUGAAGACGAGCCCAUCGAGUUCAUCCGACGUGACCUCGAGGGAUCUGACACCGAUUCGAGACGGAGAUCUGCGACCGAUUUUCUGCGAAAGCUACAAGAAAAGUUCGAGGCCACAGUGACAAGCACUGUGACCAAGUACAUCAACCACUACUUGACGCUUGGCAGGUCGGACUGGAAGGCCAAGGAUACGGCGAUUUACCUAUUUCUUUCCAUUGCGGCCAAGGGUGCCGUCACGGCCGCCCAGGGUGUCAAGUCUGUCAACUCAAUGGUCAAUGUGGUCGAGUUUUUCGAGCAGCACAUCGCCUCGGACUUGGUGGGCCAAGACGGUGUCGAGCCGAUUUCCAAGGUCGAUGCGAUCAAGUAUCUGUACACCUUCCGCAGCCAGCUGUCAAAGGAGCAAUGGAAGGGCGCGCUGGUUCCCCUGAUCCAAAACCUCAACUCGUCCAACUAUGUCGUCUACACGUACACGGCCAUCGCUGUCGAGCGUGUGCUGUUUUUGACCGACGACACUGGCAACCAAAUGUUCCCCAGGGCCGACAUUGAGCAGUUCGCGAACGACCUCUUGACCCACCUGUUCAAGCUGAUUGAGAAGGAGACGAGCCCUGCAAAGUUGCAAGAGAACGAGUUCCUGAUGCGAUGCGUGAUGCGUAUCCUCAUCGUGAUCAAGGAGGGGGUCAUGCCGAUGCUGGAAACGGUCCUGACCCACCUGAUUCUUAUCACAAACGUCAUGAAGCAGAACCCAAGCAACCCUCGGUUCUACUACUAUCACUUCGAGGCCAUGGGUGCACUGGUCCGCUAUUGCUCGGGCAGCAACGCUGCUCUUUUCAACCAGAAACUCUGGGAACCCUUUCACAAGAUAUUGGCUGAGGAUGUUACUGAAUUCUUGCCUUAUGUCUUCCAGGUUCUUGCCCAAUUGCUGGAGUCAUCUCCUGCUGAAGCGAUGUCGGACAACUACAAGGGGCUCCUGGCGCCUUUGCUGGGCACGGCUCUGUGGGAGACACGGGGCAACGUGCCUGCCUGCUCUCGACUGCUGUCUGCCGUCAUCCCCAAGGCGGCCAAGGUCAUCGUUGCCGAGAAUCAGUUGGAGCCUGUGCUGGGCAUCUUCCAGAAGCUGCUGAGCGGCAAGAAGUCGGAGCUGCAGUCCUUUGAUGUUUUGGAGGCCAUAGUGCACUCGUUUGAGCCGGCGAUUCUCGACCAGUACUUCGGAACCAUCAUCCAGCUUCUCUAUACGAAGUUGCAGGGAUCGCCUUCGGACUCAUUCAAGCUUCGGUUUGCGCGAUUCUAUCAUCUCGUAGGCGCGAGGCUAGAGGCUGGCUAUGGUGCCGACUACUUCAUCAAGAAGUCAGACCAGCUGGACGAGAAAGCGUUCAGCCAGGUCUACCCUCCGUUUGUACUGGCCGAGACGGAGAAGCUUGCGAGACCUGUGGACCGAAAAACGGCUGUCGUGUCGCUGACUAAGACUCUGUGCGACUCUCAGGUUUUUGCGCAAAAGUUCAUGAAGGGAUGGGCCAAUAGCUGCCGCAUUCUACUGUCAUUGCUCGCUAACCCCCCUGCGGUCUCGGCGGGACUCGGCGACGAGAUCAUCACCGAAGCCUCCGUCGACGACAUAGGAUUCGGCAUGACGUUCACUGCCCUCAACACGUGCAAGCCCGUGGGGCGAGACGACUUUCCCGACAUUCUGGAUGUAAGCAAGUGGGUGAAGGAGUACAUGGUGGCUGCCAACCAUCGACACGGCGGUGCCGUUGAGGGUUUCAUCUCGCAGCGCUUGCCGCCUGAUCAGCAGGAGGCAAUUGCUCAUUUCAUCCGCUGA